UUUUGUAAUUUGUGCUUAGCAGAGCAAUCUUUUCACGUCAAGGGAACGACGAAGUCCUUUUCGAGGAGCCCUGUCCUCUGCCACAGCGCACCAUUUGGUGUUACACAGACCGGACAGUGAGCGCGGGUGCUCAUGGCUUGCAGCCACCCUACCCGUCUGCAGCUCCUGCUAUUCUGUGCCAUAUGCAUCGGACUCCAGAGUUGCGCUAAAGCCACCAAGCUGGAUUUAGUCACAGCUGGCAAGGAAGCCAUGAAAACUGUGGUCAACGAGACAUUGCCCCAAGACCUUCUGGAUGUAAUCGCUCCGGUGGAUGAGGAGCUGAAGGCCAUGGUCAAUGAGACAUUGGCUGCAUUUGAAGGCAAAAAGAAGCUUGACUUGAAGCUGAAGCUCAAUAAGUUCAAGCCUCAAGCUACCCCUACGCCGAUGGUCACACUCCCACCACCAACCAAUAUUUCAGUCACGAUGAUUCCAAACGGCACGUCAACACCCCUUCCUAGCUCCACAACAAACCCCCAAGUUACCAGCAGCAUGGCCGGUAGCACGCCACCUCCAGCUACUCCCUCAUUGCCAAGCAGUACUACACCCGACAUACCAACCUCCACACCAACCCCCACUAGUACUAGCACGUUAGUUCCCACCUGCUAUGACGUCCUGGGCCCCAACCUGUGCAACGGCUUAGGCCCUACCAGCACGAGUGGUGAUCUCUGCACCGACCCCGUCACAUGCGCGUGCACGUCAACAAGUGUGGACACUGUCUGCUUUGGAACAAACGGCCUCUGCUUCAGCACACCUUCCAACUACUCCCAGUGCGGUCUGUACCAAGAUUGCGCGGCCGCCCCCAUAAAUCUGGGAUUUGAGGAGCUUACCGGGAGAGUUAUUGGAAACCCUUUCACCUAUGACGGCUUGUCUUUCUCAGCCACCAACCAAGACUCAACUGCAUUUUUUCAGAUAGUUACCCCGAGCACCGAGACGUUUGCAGAGAUUCAGUCCGGGGCGGCAGCUCUUGAGGGCACCUAUGAAGGCCGCCGGACGGGGGGUGUUAGAUUUUCAACCCAGAUCUUGGUUGCUACUGACGGCAACAUUUUGACCGGCGGCGCAUACGUGGCCGUCCCUGCCUACCUCAAUGCCAUUGGCAAUGGCCGCUCGAGUAUCUAUACUACCACGACUGGAGUGCUGGCCACCGCGCCACAGCCCACUUGCCAGAGCAACAGCUUCCCUCUCCUCACCCCUGUUGGUCCCCCCGGCGGCAGCCCCGCCAGAGUGUUCUUUGCCAACCCAGGCAAUCCUUGCAUCGUGGACACGCUGACCCUGUUCACAACAAACUUCGGCCCUAACGCCUUGGUGGAAGCCAGAAUUUCCCUCGAUGAUUUUGUGGUGUGCAAGGCAAACAGCGCAAGCGCGCUCCAGGGAGCCCUACCUGGGUAG